AAUAUGGCCACACUACGGAGAAUUGCAGACAUUUGAAAGAUGAGAUCGAGAGGCUGAUUCGAGCGGGAUAUUUGAAAGAAUUUAUGUAUCAUGACAGGGUGAAAGGGAAAGGAAAGAGAAGGUGUAGGGAAGACUCGAAGGAAAGGAGUGAUAGAGAUGAGGAGGGAGAUGGUCAAGACGGUCGAGGAAAGAAGCCAAGGAGAGAUGGUGAUAAGGGAGGGCAUGGAGGAGAGGCCCCGAUGAAGAGAGGAACGAUUUACAUGAUUUUCGGUGGGCCAACGGAUGGUGACUCAAACAGGGCCAGGAAGGAGCAUGCUCGAGCGGUGAAGAGGAACUUGAAUGCAUUCCAGGCGGUCAUAUCCAUGUACCACAUGAUGAUCAAAUAUCCGGUGGGCGAAAAUGUAGGGGAGAUUGCCGGGGAUCAGCUCACUUCGAGGAGUUGUUACCAAACAACAGUCAGCAAUAACAAGCAAUUGGCGAAGAGGCAGGCCGAGUCGAAGGGGGAGGAGAUUAAUCGACCAGGGGGAUCAAGGUCGAAGGAGGAUAAGCAGAAAGUGGAGAAAGGUAAGGAGAAAAUGGAUAUCCAACCUGGGGAAGAAGUUGAGGAGAUUCAAAUGAUCGAGGGGUGUGAAGGGAGAAAGUUCAGGAUCGGAAAGGAUCUGGAAGAGCCUAUUCGGUCGAGGCUGAUCCAGUUGGUUAGGGAGUUCGCUGAUAUUUUUCCUAUACAGCAGAGGA